UUGGAUUUCCUCCAAUUCUAUCGAAGAGAAGUGAAUUCACUCAUCAUAAUCCAAACAAAUAGUUCUCUACUUUUACGAAUUUUAAAUGUUCCGACUUUGAAUUAUUUCUCUUUACGAUCUCUUAAAUAAUUUUAAACACAGAUGUUGAAAUUAUGAAAUAGUUAAAAAUCUGCAAAUCUGGAUGGCAAAGAGGCAAUGAUUACUGCUGGAGAACCACAAGAAUUCAUUCCUUUAGGGAGAGAACAUCUUUAUGUUCACCCUGGGGAUGUUUACUUGUUGACAGAUAAUGUUCCGGCAGCCCCUGUCUCAAAUGGACAUAGCCUUACAAGAGACUUACUGAAAGCAUUGCGUGGAGUUACCUUAAAAGAUCAAACUCAAGAGCAGUGGUUUCUGAAACAAAAUGAAGAUGAUGAUUGGGAAGAAGAAUUCUUUUGGAAAGGAAAUACAGUUGUUUGGAGUAAAAACUCAGGUCAUGGCAAAAAUAGAAUUAGAAGAGUGCACAAAUCUUUUACAAUGGAAAAUAAUGUUUUACAGGUAUUAUGGGCUGAAUUCAGGAUCAGAAGUUGCAAACCAAGAAUUGUAGAUUCUGUAAUUGAAAUGGAAGAUCCAAAGCAGGAAGUACUUGCAGGAGUGUGCAUCAUUGAAAAUUCUUCAUUGUCCAUAUUUUCACAUAAGGGAGAAGACUAUAUUGUUACAACUCCAUUCCAGGUACUAAGAGCUUGGUCUUCUAAGUAUGGAAUUAUAUUCGAACGAAAUGUACUUUUAGAUGAUAGUCAAUCAGAUCCAAAAUUAAAUCAGCUUGAUAAUUUACCUGUGAUAUUCAGUAUGAUGCACCCUCUUGAUGACAUAUCUCCUAUCAUUCAUAAAAGAAAAGAUGGUUUGCCCAUUAUUAGUUAUUUCUGUGAUCCAUCUGAAGAAAUAAUAUUUUGCUCUAAUAAACCAUCUCUUGUUUUGACAUAUAACAAAAAAGGAUAUCAUUCUAUAUGGAGAUUGCGAACUACAACUUUUCAGGAAGCAGAAUAUGCUUGUUCUAAAAUAAAAAUUCAAAAUUUAAAUACUAGCAGUACUCCUUUGACUAAGACCACAUCCCUCUCCUCAAAGAGCAAAUUAAACUUUUCAAAUCGAACUCCUUCAACAAAUGUAAAUAGUCCAUAUUCCAGUUAUCCUUCAAGUAGGGUUUCUUCACCAGCUAAUAUGCAAGCUAGAUCUUUUAGUCCUAGCAUAUCAAGCUUAACUCAUAUGGCUACAUUAAGUCGAUCACAACCACCUUCUCAUAACACUACAUCUUCUCAUCCUCAAAGUUAUACACCAAUGAGUACAUUAAGUUGUAGAAGUCCAAUAUCUCCUUCGCAAAGCUGUGAUGCCUCGAAAUUUAUGGAACCUUUAGCGCCUGAUAUAUGUUUUGAUCAAGAAUGGGUAGAUUCUACGAACUAUGAUAAGCCUGAAAAAGCCAGCAAAGCAUUUUUAUCUACAGAUAUAAUUGGUUACAAAUAUCUUUGUUUCCUAUUGAAAGAUCAUCGAUCACUUCAGCUUGUUAAAUUUCAAGAGAAUGAAGAAAGCAAUGAGUGGACUUUUGGCAGCAUAUCAUCAAUUCCUGGCAUUGAUGCAGAACCUCUCCCAGAUUUGAAUCUCAUUAUAGUUGUGGACAUAAAUUUCACUCUGUCUUUGUAUACUGGAUUAACAAAAGUUUCAAAAGUUCAUGUUACUGAUUUCUUUGGCCCAACAGGAGAUAAUUCUUUAUCGUCCAGUCAUUUACCGCCUCACUUAUUUUUUACUACUCCUAAACGAACUAGUUUGAUAUCCUCAACCAGACCUCCCAGUGCUGUUGGAACAAGGUUUGGAGAUGAAUCUGAAGUCUUAUCUCCUGUUCCUAUGGUUGUUGAAGAGCCAAGUUGCAAAAUCGUUCCUGAUGAAAUAUCAUUCUUUCAAAUUGGUAUUGUAAAAAAUGUCAGAGAUGGUGUCAAGAAUCGAGUGACUUUAGAAACAUCUGGUGGAUAUUUUAGGUUACAGAUACCAGAAGUUUCGAUUUCAAAUACCGUUCACAAAUGUUUGCAAGCCUUAAAAUUUGUUUUGAAAAAUGAAGUCUAUACUCAUAUGUUUGUGAAGUGGUAUUGUGCAAGAAAUGCUCCAGGACCUAAUGAUAUGACUACUAAAUCAGAACUAAUAACAUUUUUAAUUUGUUUAUUAAAUUUAUUGGGUUAUGAUGCAGAUAAUGUUAUAUUGGGAAACUGCAAACAAGAUUCCUCAAUAGGACCCACACAGAUGAAAAAGCAGAAAACUCACGAGAAAGGUUGUGAUGAGGAUUGGAUGUAUCUCGUAUCUGAAAACCUUCAUAAACAGAAUGUUGAGUUUAGAUUAUUAAAUCAGCUGGCCUAUUUUUCAAGUGUUCCAAUUGAAAAACGCCAUAUUGAUAAAUCUGGACUUCUUUAUAAAUAUAUGGCACAAAUAUUAUUUUCAUUGCAUUUGGUAUACGAGGAUUGUAAACUGGAUGUCACUUAUUGGGAAGAUUUAUCGCCAGUUUGCAGUUUUCUUUGUGAAUUAGCAAGAGAGCUUCGUCAACAUAAAUUUCUCGACCAUUAUUGGAUAGACUUUCCAGAGCAAUUCGAGUCUGUGAGCAAAAAUAUAUUGCUACCAAAUGAGGAGUUACGAAAAUUUGUAUUGCCAGCAUACCUGACUGUAGUCCCUUGUAUAUAUCGCCAAAUUAAAUCAUUUCUCACAUCAGGCAGUCCAGAUAUGAUAUUUCCUUACAUUCCCAAUGUGACCAAAAGAUUACAAGCUAUUAAUCUGGUCUAUGCUGUUCUUACUUCAGUUGAUUCACCCAUAAGUUCGGCAAAUGCUUGUCUUUAUAAAUUAGUCACACCAGAUCCAUUGCAAACAGAGAUAAUUGAUGAUAAUGUACUUCAAUCUUGUUACAUUAUUGAUAAGCAUCCAAAAAAAGCUGCUGUUUCUCUUCUAACUAAGCUGGGUUUUACUGAAAAGGAAAUCAAUACUCUCCCGAUCGGCAUUGCACUUCCAAUCAGAGAUGCCUUGAUCAAAUGUUGGCAUGAACCAUCAGGAUUGUGGACAAAAGAUGUUUAUGACUUAAUUGGAAGAAGAGAUUUAUCUUCUUUGCAAUCCACUGAAAAAAUCAAAAUACCAUUGCAAACAGUGAAACCCAAACAAGAAAACUCAAAAAAUGGGUCUAAUAAGGACAAUGAUGAUGGUCUCAAUCAUGUUGACUUAGAAGUUUUGAAAUUGAGAUUUGGUAAAGAUCAUAGAAUUCAUGAUGUGUACAAUAUGCUCCAAUCUUCUAAACCAGUCAAAAUAAAUUUGGUACAAAGACCUGAAGUCAGUGAUCAUGAAUUUAUUGAAGAACAAGAACGUCAUUUAUAUAAUUUGUGCAUAAGAACAAUGGCCGCUACUGUUGGAAGAGGAAUGUUUACAUUGAGAGCAUAUAACCCUGUUGUGACAGAAACGUUGCCAAUUCCAAAAUUGUGUCUUACAGGCCGUGCACCUCCUAGGAAUACCACUGUGGAUUUGUCUCAUAUUGAUGUUCCAUCUAAUAUGAAUAUGUGGCCAUUGUUUCAUAAUGGAGUUGCAGCUGGGCUAUCUAUUUCACUAAAUGCUUCUAAGAUUGAUUCAACAUGGAUGGUAUAUAACAAGCCUCGAAGUAGCAGUAGUGAUACACCCACUGAACAUGCUGGUUUUUUAAUGGCUCUUGGUUUAAAUGGUCAUUUGUCUCGUUUAACAUCACUAAGCAUUCAUGAUUAUUUAUGUAAAGGUCAUGAACUUACAAGUGUGGGAAUCCUUUUGGGAGUUUCUGCUGCAAAACGUGGAACCAUGGAUUUAAGUGCGACCAAAAUGUUAAGCAUUCAUAUUGAAGCUCUUUUACCCCCAACAUCUACUGAAUUAGAUGUAUCACCUACUGUUCAAGUUGCUGCUGUCAUGGGACUGGGGUUAUUAUAUCAAGGCUCUGGUCACCAUCACAUGGCAGAAGUACUACUGGGAGAAAUUGGUCGCCCUCCUGGACCAGAAAUGGAACACUGUGUCGACAGAGAAAGUUAUUCACUGGCUGCUGGAUUAGCUUUGGGAUUGAUAACAUUUGGUAAAGGGAAAAGCAUGUCUGGUGUUGCAGAUUUUCCAAUGGCAGAUCAACUGUACUAUUAUAUGGUUGGUGGUCAUAAAAGGCCUUUGACUGGAAUCCAUAAAGAAAAGCAUAAAUCUCCUAGUUAUCAAAUACGGGAAGGUGACAAUGUCAAUGUUGAUGUGACUAGUCCUGGAGCUACUCUUGCAUUAGGGAUGAUGUUUUUUGACACUGACAACCAUGCAAUUGCUGAUUGGAUGACUGCUCCCGAUACUCAAUUUCUUCUGGACAUGGUUCGUCCUGAUUUUUUAUUGCUCAGAACUCUGAGUAAAGGCUUAAUAUUGUGGUCGUCUGUUCAUCCAUCUGUUCAGUGGGUUGAAAGCCAUUUACCCUCUAUUGUUUUAAAGCAUGCAUUUCAAAAAACAAAUCAGCAAGAUGAUAUUGAUUAUGAAACAAUGAGUCAAGUAUAUUGCAACAUUAUUGCUGGAGGAUGUUUUUGCAUAGGUUUAAAAUUUGCUGGAUCUGGAAACAAUGAGGCUUUUAAAACACUGAUGCAAUAUGCAAAACAUUUCAUUCAGCUCUCCAGAAAAUAUGCUAGCGAUCAAGCUGGUCGGAGCACAGUUGAAACUUGCUUGAAUGUUAUUGUUUUAUCUUUAUCCAUGGUAAUGGCUGGUACUGGUGAUUUAGAUGUCAUUCGAAUUUGUCGUCACUUAAGAUCUAGAGUUCAUCAAGCUGCUAGCUAUGUAUUAUAUGGCUCACAUGUAGUGACACACAUGGGUCUUGGAUUACUGUUCUUAGGUGGUGGAAGAUUCACUCUGAACACUGCUCCCCUCAGUAUUGGUGCUCUGAUCUGUGCUUUUUUCCCAAAAUUCCCUCAGCACAGUAAUGAUAGCAGGUACCAUUUACAAGCCCUUUAUCAUCUCUAUGUACUAGCAGUAGAACCUCGACUGAUUGUUCCACGUCUGAUCGAUUCAAAUAAACCAGUCUACAUUAAUAUUAAAGUGAAGUUCAAGGACACUGAAUUUUAUGAAGAUGCAACAUUUUCUUUGAAAGCUCCAUGCUUGCUUCCUGAAUUGAAAUUUUUAGAAAAGGUAAUCAUUGAAGAUUCUAGGUAUUGGCCUAUUGUUUUCGAUUGCAAUGAAAACUGGGAAGUUUUACACAAUUUGCUGGAAAAUGGUGGUACUUUACAUGUAAUGCAAAAAGCUGGUUGUUUGCCCUACAAUGAAGACCCUAAAGGAUUUCAAAGUUUGUUGGCUCGAUCCUCUUUAUGGAACAACGUACAUGCCUGGAUAAGAAAAGACCUACAACUUUCAAAUUUUUCAUCUGAUCCUGUACCUCUCAACUUUGCAUCCUGCUUUUUAACAAAUACUGCUAAGAGUGAACAGGAAAAGGAAUGGCAACAAAAGAUGUGUGGUAUACUAUUUGAAUGUGCUUCAUUAGAGAAAAUGGAAGCAUUACCAAUAUCUGUUGCAAUGAUGCAGAUGUCUAAAAUGACACAUUUCAGUCAUCAUACAUUUGAAAUGUGGCAAAUAAAAUUAGUGGCAGCUUAUGACAGAUGGUGUAGAAGUUACAAUCAUCGUCACAAAGAUGACCUAACUUUGCUGAGACCUGAUAUGAGUAUUAUUAUGAUGAGUGAAAUGGAAAAAACAGUUAAUAACAUCAUAAAAAAUUUAAAACAGCCAUUACUUCAAUAUCUCUCGAACAAUUUCAAGCCUGUAAAUGAGAUCAUCCCAUCAUAUCCAGCUGUUUUAGUUGCUUUCAUAUUGUUUCAUGACCUUAACACAGCAAGUCCUGUAAAUUUCUUUUUCCAAGAUGAACUUCCAUUACCUAUCUUAGCUGCCAAACUUAGCAACACAAGUGUUUCUCUUGCAUCCAUCAUGUCCAUGAUAAAGAUACUGAAGUCAUAACUCCUGUUUGUGUAAUAUUUUUGUUAAUAAAAGCUUAAUUAACGUUUUA